GCUUCAUACUUGGAUAUAUUUCAUAUUUAUACCCUUCAUAUAAGAGCUUCUGACGGUAUUUAUUCAAGUGUCAUGCAAUUAAAUAUUCAUAUGGAACACGUUAACAGUUCUGGCUUAAUAUUUCAAAAGGAACGAUAUGAAUUUUCAGUCAAGGAAAACUCAUCUAAAAUAGCUACAAUAGGACUUGUGAAUGUUUUUGGAAAUACAUUAAAUGAAAAUGUAGAGUAUUCUAUCCUAAAUAAAAGUCACAUGUUUUCUAUUGGUAAAUCUUCUGGAGCCAUUAAAACUGCUGGAAGUAUGUUUGACCGAGAACGUGAAGAUUGCUAUAAGUUAAUAAUAGAAGCAAAAUCGAUUCUAUUCAACAAUUUUUUACAAGUUCGUAGAUCACUGACUGAAGUAUUUGUUUCAGUAUUGGAUGAGAAUGAUAAUUGUCCAAUAUUUAUAAAUCUUCCCUAUUUCGGAACAGUUUCCAUUAACGAUGAAAAGGGGACAGUUUUAUUCAAAGUAAAAGCUAUGGAUUUAGACUACGCAGAGAACGGUGCAGUUCGAUAUGAAAUGAAAAAAGGAAGUGGAGAUUUAUUUAGAGUGGAUAGAACAAAUGGCGAAAUAGUCUUAAAGCAUAACGUUGGUAAACAAAAUAAAACCUUUGAACUGAUAAUUGCAGCAUAUGAUGGUGGAGUUAUACCCUGUUUCACAGAAGUUUCAUUAAUUAUUAAGGUUGUGGAUAAAACUAUACCAACGUUUGAAAAGCAAAUUUAUACUUUUUUAAUAAGAGAAGAUGUUACACUGUACACUCCGCUUUCAACUGCAAUAAGGGCUCUAAAUCCAUUAAAAAGGGAUUUAGUUUUUACAAUAUCGGAAGGAAAUGAUAAUGACUUAUUUGAUAUUGAUUACAAAACAGGUAUGAUGUUGUACAUUACUUGAUUAAAAUGCACGGAUUUAAAAUUGCAGUUAUAUUGUACAAGCACUUACAAGCCAGACGGACUUCAAUCAUAAUUAUCUUCAUUGUUCACUUAAAAUUUUUUUAUAUGUUUCUCUACUGCAUUGGUAUUAUCCAUAUAUUACAAUAAAAUAUUUUUUCAA